CUCGUUGAACAGAACGCAUCGCUCAAGAAAGAAGUCGCGUUAGCCGAACGCAAGCUGAUUGCUCGUAAUGAGCGUAUCCAGAGCCUCGAAUCACUCUUGCAAGACGCUCAAGAAAAAUUGAUCACACAGAACCAAAAGUUCGAGGCCCAGCUGCAAGCUGUGCGUGAACGUCUUGAGCAUGCACGCUCGCAGCAAAAGUCGCAGAACUCGAUGGCUGCACUGACAUUUGGCCGUAUUGCUAAGCCCUUGCGUGGUGGAGGCACUGUUUCGGAGAACGGUGAAGCACCUAGCCCACGCGAUAAGCGUACCUCUUGGAUUUCUGGCCUUAUGAACUCGUCGCGAUAG